AUGCUCUCACGCUUCAGAAACCACAAAAACAAGAGAAAAGAGGGCUACUUCCUGAAGAAUGGAGCUGUGAUGCUGGAACAGCUCAUCCAUUCUUUAAUGGGGAAUUGUAAUCCGAUUCGGAUGUACUCUGGAAAAGAGCUCAAGAAGGCAACAAACGACUACAGCUGGGAUAGAAUGACACAUGGGGAUUGGAACUUCCAACUGUACAAAGGAGUUCAUGAUGAUCAUGAAAUUCUAGUGAAGAAGUUUGAAGGAGACUCAAACAGUUUCAUGGACCCUCUAGAACUAAUUACAAAUGAAGCUGCUAUUGCCUCAAAAAUGAGCAAGCAAAAGAAUAUUAAGCUAAAGAUUGCAGUUGAAGUAGCAGAUGCAGUUGCAUAUCUCCACUACGGCACGUGCAAGAUGUUCAUCCAUCGACAUAUAAAGACAGAAUAUAUCUUCUUAGACCAAGACUAUGUUGCCAAACUGUCUGAGUUCCAAACCUCCGUACCAAUUCCUUGUGGUGAAACUCAUGUUGAUGCCGAAGUGUUCGGGGCUCCACACCACUCUACUCCAGAACUAAAAUUUAUGGGCGUUAUAACGAGAAAAGAAAGAACAUUGCUGAUUUACAAGCUUUUCAGAAGCAUGGGGCAAGUAGCAGAAUGCACCAAGCUCGCAUUGUGGUGUCUCGAGUCAGAUCCUUAUGAUAGGCUCACCAUGAAAGAAGUGUCAACGAGAUUAAGAUUAAUAAAGAGAUUCUAA